CACUGGCUGGAACAAUUGUGAAAAGUGUCGGGUUUUACAAGUAAAUAUAAUAAAAUAAAAUCAAUUGUGCAGAGUUCUUCGCUAAAAAACCCCAAUGCCACCCACGAUCAACAAUUCGGUGGUUAACAGUGCCGCCGAAAAGCGACCUCAGCGGCAAACGGAGCGCAAAUCGGAGAUCAUUUGCCGCGUAAAAUAUGGAAACAAUCUGCCGGACAUACCCUUCGACCUUAAGUUCCUGCAGUAUCCCUUCGACAGCCACCGCUUUGUGCAGUACAAUCCCACGUCGCUGGAACGGAACUUCAAGUACGAUGUGCUGACGGAGCACGAUUUGGGUGUCACGGUGGACUUGAUCAACCGCGAGCUCUAUCAGGCUGAUUCCAUGACGCUGCUAGAUCCUGCGGAUGAGAAACUACUUGAGGAGGAGACCCUGACUCCAACGGACUCAGUGCGUUCCCGCCAGCACUCGAGAACGGUGUCCUGGUUGCGCAAAUCCGAGUACAUUUCCACGGAACAAACGCGCUUCCAACCCCAAAACCUGGAGAACAUUGAAGCCAAGGUCGGCUACAACGUCAAAAAGUCGCUUAGGGAGGAAACCCUCUACCUUGACCGCGAUGCCCAAAUCAAGGCCAUCGAGAAGACCUUUAGCGACACCAAGAGCGAGAUCACAAAGCACUACUCCAAGCCCAAUGUUGUGCCCGUGGAGGUUUUGCCCAUUUUCCCCGAUUUCACAAACUGGAAGUACCCAUGCGCCCAGGUCAUAUUCGACAGCGAUCCGGCUCCAGUGGGCAAGAACGUGCCCGCCCAACUGGAGGAGAUGUCUCAGGCUAUGAUUCGUGGUGUGAUGGACGAGAGCGGCGAACAGUUUGUCGCCUACUUCCUGCCUACAGAACAGACGCUGGAGAAGCGUCGCACCGACUUCAUUGCUGGAGAACUGUACAAGGAGGAGGAGGAAUACGAGUACAAGAUCGCUCGAGAGUAUAACUGGAACGUGAAGACCAAGGCCUCAAAGGGCUACGAGGAGAACUACUUCUUCGUUAUGCGGCAGGACGGCAUAUACUACAACGAGCUAGAGACACGUGUGCGCCUCAACAAGCGUCGCGUGAAGGUCGGCCAGCAACCCAACAAUACGAAACUAGUUGUCAAGCAUCGCCCAUUGGACAGCAUGGAGCAUCGCAUGCAGCGCUAUCGCGAGCGCCAACUGGAGGUUCCUGGCGAGGAAGAGGAGGAGGUCGACGAGGAAUUAGAAGAGGACGAGGAGCAGACACAGGUCAUGGCCCCUACAGAAAAGACGGGCGAGGAUGCUCCCGUUGGUGCAAAGGCUGUAGAUGGUGGAGAUUCUCUUGCCCAAGUAGCGCGCGAUCGACAGUCUCGCUCCCGGACUCGCAGUCGCAGCGGCUCCAGUUCAGGAUCUGGAUCCGCAUCUCGGGCCAGCAGCCGCUCAAAGUCUGGCUCUCGGUCAGGCAGCGGCUCCCGAUCGCGCUCUAAUUCCCCGGCAGGUUCUCAAAAGUCCGGAUCGAGAUCAAGAUCAGGCUCACGAUCCCGUUCCGGAACUCGAUCCCGCUCUCGUUCGAAGUCUGGCUCGCGCUCUCGUUCUCGCUCUCGCUCCAAGUCCGGCUCUCGAUCUCGUUCGAGAUCUAGAUCUGGCUCGGCAUCUCGAUCGCCCAGCCGUUCUCGCAGUGGCUCACCUUCUGGUUCUGGAUCCAGUUCCGGAAGCGGCUCAGAUUGAUAAAUAACUUCAACAGAACGUUUUAUAAUAAAUAAGAUUCUAAUUGA